CACGUGGUCUCCCGCAAAGCACGGAGGCGGGACUACGCAGGCGCGGCUGUCUGCGCAGGCGCAGGCGCAAGCGCGUCCCGGGUGCACGGGUUUUCGGCCGGCGGUUAGAGAGAGCGGGAGCUGGUGAGCGGAAAGCCGGCGCCAUGGUGGAGAAGGAGGAGGUCAGCGCCGGCGGCGGCAUCAGCGAGGAGGAGGCGGCGCAGUAUGACCGACAGAUCCGCCUGUGGGGACUGGAGGCCCAGAAGCGGCUUCGAGCUUCCCGGGUGCUGAUAGUUGGCAUGAAAGGACUUGGGGCUGAAAUUGCCAAGAAUCUUAUCCUGGCAGGAGUAAAAGGGCUCACCAUGCUGGACCACGAACAGGUAUCUCCAGAAGACCCUGGCGCUCAGUUCUUGAUUCGGACUGGGUCUGUGGGCCGAAAUAGGGCCGAGGCCUCUUUGGAACGAGCCCAGAAUCUCAACCCCAUGGUGGAUGUAAAGGCGGACACUGAGGACAUAGAGAAGAAGCCAGAGUCCUUCUUCACGAAGUUUGAUGCGGUGUGCCUGACUUGCUGCUCCAGAGAUGUCAUCAUUAAAGUCGACCAGAUCUGUCACAGAAACAGCAUCAAGUUCUUCACAGGAGAUGUCUUUGGGUACCAUGGGUACACCUUUGCAAAUCUUGGAGAGCAUGAAUUUGUAGAAGAAAAAACCAAAGUUGCCAAAGUCAGCCAAGGAGUGGAAGAUGGACCUGAUGCCAAGAGAGCAAAGCUUGAUUCAUCGGAGACAACCAUGAUCAAAAAGAAAGUGCUUUUCUGCCCUGUAAAAGAAGCGCUGGAAGUGGACUGGAGUGGAGAGAAAGCCAAGGCUGCCCUGAAGCGUACUGCCCCAGACUACUUUCUGCUGCAAGUGCUGCUGAAGUUCCGCACAGAUAAAGGAAGAGACCCUGCCUGUGAUAGCUACAACGAGGACGCAGAGCUGCUGCUGCAGAUACGGAACGACGUGUUUGACUCACUGGGCAUCAGUCCCGACCUGCUUCCCGAUGACUUUGUCAGGUACUGCUUCUCGGAGAUGGCCCCAGUGUGUGCUGUGGUUGGCGGGAUCUUGGCACAGGAAAUUGUGAAGGCCCUGUCUCAGAGGGACCCUCCUCACAACAACUUCUUCUUCUUCGAUGGCAUGAAGGGGAGUGGAAUUGUGGAGUGCCUUGGUCCCCAGUGAGCCUGAGGUGUGUACAAGGCCACCUACCCUCUCUACGAAGGCGUGUCUGGAUCAUUUUUCUAGAGCAAGAAGGGCAGACUUCACCCUGCCUUUUCUUGUGCUCGAAGCUGUCAGGGACCUGCCGGCUCCUGAGUUGAUAAUCACUUGGCACCCCUCUGGCAUUGCUCCCUUGUGCUGUCACUGGGGACCGGCAACGCCCAGUAAGGGCGUCAUACUUCAUGAUGUCAGAGUUACUUGUCACUUUUUGGACUUAACUUUCUUCUAUAGGUCAACAGGGGAGCAGGACAUCAGUGGGAAUUGGUGGCCCAGAGCCUCUGAAACCCAAUGGAGAACUGGGAACAGCCCUCUGUUGUUGACCCUUCCUCCAGCUGGAAGCCUGGGUGUUGGAAGGGAGAGACUGUCACCCAGUUGUCAUGUCCUUUGGUUGUGAGCCUGUGCACCUAAUCUUCAAUGGCUGAGCCAUCUUUUCAGCCCAAGCAGUUUCUUUCUAAAAGGUAGAUUUAAUGCUAGGGGCCGUUAUUCAGGCUUGUAAUCUUAGAAACUGGGAUGCCAGGGCAGGAGGAUUGCUGUAAAUUUCAAGGCCAAGCUGGUCUACAUAUAUACCAAGAACUUUUCUCAAAAUACAAUAAAAGAUGUAUUCCAGAGUUAGGGUGGGGCACUGUGUCUCCCAGUUCCUCAUAUUGGUCGCCCAGGUCCCCCAGGGAAGGGCUGAAUGGUCUGGUCUUCUUCUAGGAGUAUAGAGGCAGCUUGUCUAGUGUGUAGAUUCCCUUGGUUGUUGGAUGGAGAAGGAUAAUAAAGUGUGUUUCUCUCAA